UCACCCGCACUGGUCAGUGCGCAGGUGCCCAUCCUAGUCGGUCUUCCUGUCCUGUAAGCAGAGGGACCAGCUGCCGGCAACUUUUGCUUCCGGGUCACGCGUUGACAGCCGCUUUCACGACCCGGCUUAGCUCCCGCUUAGUCCCGGGGUUCGGCAGUGUGGAGCAUGUGAACACACUGUGAGCCUUGAUGAGUUCCAGUAUGUGGUAUAUUAUGCAGAGCAUUCAGAGCAAAUACUCUCUCUCAGAGCGCUUAAUCCGAACAAUCGCUGCCAUCCGUUCCUUCCCACAUGAUAACGUAGAAGACCUCAUUAGAGGGGGAGCAGACGUGAACUGUACCCAUGGCACGCUGAAGCCCCUGCACUGUGCCUGCAUGGUGUCAGAUGCUGACUGCGUGGAGUUACUCCUGGAAAAAGGAGCCGAGGUGAAUGCCCUGGAUGGUUACAACCGAACAGCCCUCCAUUAUGCAGCAGAGAAAGAUGAGGCUUGUGUGGAGGUCCUCUUGGAGUACGGUGCAAAUCCCAAUGCACUGGAUGGCAACAGAGACACCCCACUUCACUGGGCAGCCUUUAAGAACAAUGCAGAGUGUGUGCGGGCUCUCCUAGAGAGUGGGGCCUCCGUCAAUGCCCUGGAUUACAACAAUGAUACCCCGCUCAGCUGGGCUGCCAUGAAGGGGAAUCUCGAGAGUGUCAGCAUCCUUCUUGAUUAUGGUGCAGAGGUGAGAGUCAUCAACCUGAAAGGCCAGACUCCCAUCUCCCGCCUGGUGGCUCUGCUAGUCAGGGGACUUGGAACAGAGAAAGAGGACUCUUGCUUUGAGCUCCUCCACAGAGCUGUUGGACACUUUGAAUUGAGGAAAAAUGGCACCAUGCCACGGGAGGUGGCCAGAGACCAGCAGCUAUGUGAAAAACUGACUGUUCUGUGCUCAGUUCCAGGAACUUUAAAAACACUCUCUCGCUAUGCUGUGCGCCGUAGCCUGGGACUCCAGUAUCUGCCAGAUGCAGUGAAGGGCCUUCCACUGCCAGCUUCUUUGAAAGAAUACCUGUUGCUCAUAGAAUAGCCUGGCAGAGACUUUUGCACCGUCGUGCAGACAACUCUGGGUGAGGAAUUUCCUGCAGUACCAUCGCUUUGUCGUGGGAAACAGAAAAGCAGUUGUUCCUGUUGUGUGAUUUAUAGAUUUUGAGACAACAUGUCACAACAGUGACCUGCAUACCACCUCCCCUACCCAGACUGAGCAACCAAACAAAAAAAUCCUUCACUUCUCUUUUCUGUUUAUUGCUUCCUUGACUUUUUAUAUUGUACCCUGCAAAAGAAGAAGUCUCCCCAAUCCUUCCCUUUAGGGAAUGAGUCAACAGCGCACCUAAAUUUCCCUAGGAAGACGGAAAGUGUUUAAAGAAUGUGUGUGUGUUUUUCCAUUGGGGACAUGAUUAUCAUCCAGAAGAAUCCCUUCUAGAAAGCAUUUUAAAUGAUCUGCGAAGAACUUUUUUUAAAAAAUCGCCAUUCCAGCUAGCAACAGUUGCAUCCUAAUGAUGAAGAUGCUACCAGUUCCAGUGGGGUGCAGAUGCAGAAUUAGGCUGGAUGAUAUCCCUAGAGUGCCAUGUCAUGGGGUAUUCAGAAGAGACUGGCCCCCUUUCUCCUCAUCCAAGAAACCAGCAAUCUUUGCGUCUUUUCUUGGGGUGCCCAAAGGUUUACAGUGGUCAGGCAAUGUUAUUUCAGAAAGAUUAUCUUGUUGCUUUCCUCAGAAGAGGUGGCAGGUUCUAAGUAGUCCCAAGGACUCCUGAUAAUCCUAAGAACUUUUCUUCUAAUGCAGUGCAUUCUUUUGCCAUAAACCAGUUUGCACUAAUGGGCUUAGCAGGCAUUUCCUCCACCUUAGAGUAAGGUGUUACAGCAAAAGAGGAAUUAUGGGCUGGGCUGCCUUUCCUCAUGGGUCUUCAUUCCCUCUAGAAUUCAUUUCCCUAUGGAAAGUGCACUCUGCUGAGAAUUUGGAGUUAUUUUUCUUUCACUUGUUUUGGAAACUUUGCAUUUAAUUGACUUAAAAGACAUAGGUGGGGGGUUGGGAAGGGAGUGGGGAAAGAGCAUGUAAGAGCUUCUUUUGAGAUAGCCUACUAUCUGAAAAAGGGUGUUCUAGUGAACAGUACUUAGCAAGGUUCUUCCUUUUCAUGUACCUAAACCAGUUCAAGUCGUUAGUGAGCCUGGAUGACCUGUAUGUUGAAACACCUUUCUUUUUAAAGCUAAUUGGGAACUGCAAACAAAAUGAAUGGGAUCUGCUGACAUAGCUAAUUUGAAAAAGUAUGUCUGCUUUUGUCCUUUUGCUGUUAUUGUUUUUUGCCCAGUAAAAAAAAAAAAGAGAGAGAGAGAGAGAAAUAAAUAGUUCUAAAAGCAAAUUUGGCCAUUUCUAUCUUCCCUACCCAGCCCCCACCUCUCCUCAUUUAGAAAUUCUCCCUUUGUGGCCUGGCUCUUCAGGCGUUCUACCAGCCUCUCUCCUGACAGCAACAGUGAUUCUGGGCAUUGGUGGAGUGAACAGGAGGGCCUGGGCUGAGUAUUUGGAAAACUUCCCCUUCCUUUAUAUUCCCCCCCACCCCAAAUUUGGAACCACUGCCUCUGUAUUCUCAACCCCAGCUGCACAUUAAAUCACCGAGAGCUUUUUAAAGACA